AAGGCGGUGAUCGCUCCUUUGCUGGCUCUCAUCUAUGCGGCGCCGGCCUGUGGCGAUGGGUCUCCCCAGCCGUACUACCUGCUGUCGGCGCUGCUCUCCGCCUCAUUCCUCCUGGUCAGGAAGAUCCCCCCAGUGUGCACGGCGCUGCCCAGUCAGAGGGAGGACGGCAACCCCUGUGACUUUGACUGGAGAGAAGUAGAGAUCUUGAUGUUCCUCAGCGCCAUUGUUAUGAUGAAGAACAGGCGAAGCAUUACAAUUGAACAGCAUAUUGGGAACAUCUUCAUGUUUAGUAAAGUGGCCAAUACGAUUUUGUUCUUCCGCCUGGACCUGCGUAUGGGUUUGCUGUAUGUCACACUGUGCCUAGUUUUUCUCAUGACAUGCAAGCCUCCGCUAUAUAUGGGUCCUGAACAUAUCAAGUAUUUCAAUGACAAAACAAUAGAGGAGGAGAUGCAGUCUGAUCGUCGGGUCACAUGGCUGGUAGAAUUCUUCGCCAACUGGUCGUCCGAGUGCCAGUCCUUUGCACCCAUCUAUGCCGAGCUGUCUUUGAAGUACAAUUGUGCUGGUCUGAAGUUUGGGAAGGUUGAUAUAGGCCGGUAUCCUGAUGUCAGCACAAGGUAUGGUGUUAGUACCUCACCGCUUUCUAAGCAGCUUCCUACACUAAUCCUCUUUCAAGGUGGAAAGGAGGUAUUGCGUCGACCACAGGUUGAUAAAAAGGGACGUGCUGUAUCUUGGACUUUCACUCAGGAAAAUGUCAUCCGAGAGUUCAAUCUAAACGAACUUUACCAGAAAGCAAAGAAGUUCGGAAAGAACCAAGAAGAGCCCCAGCAAGAGUCGGAGGUAGCUGAAAUAGAAAACUCUCCAAAAGAAAGCAAGAAGGACCAAUAA